AUGGCGUCGCCGCUGCCGAAGAAGUAUUACCUCCUCGUGCAUGACGCCAUACGCAAAGUGGUUGGCAGCGAAGCGGAGAUCUCCGCCUUCGUGAAGUCGAAGCGGCCCUUCCAGUGCGACAUGCUUGUCAACGCCGCCGCCACCGACCCCGAACUGGCCAACAGCAGCAGCGACAACAACAAUGCAUAUGUGAAGGAGUUUGCCGUGAAGCUACAGCACUAUCUGGGAAGCUGCGACGUUGUGGUGCGGCGGCGCCGUCUUGACGUGGUGUUCAUCGACCGCGAGGUGCUGCAGCUCGCGUUGGGUGCCCCACGGCGUGCGAUCAACAAUCUGCAGCGUGCAGAGGAGAUCAACGAGGAGCCGGCGUGGACGCGGCGCAACCGUCUCCGCAUCUCACUCGGUCACGACGAAGAUCUCUUCACCAGCGCCUGCGACCUCAAGACCAGCCUCGCCGCCCGCAUGAUGGAGAAGUGGGUCUUCGACACCUACUACACAGGCCCCAACAGCAGCCGGAGCAUGGGCACGAUCGACCCAAAGGAGGAUGUGGCGGAGUUUCUGCAGCAGCAGUGCCCUCCGGUGACGUACUGGCUGGCGCACGGCUACCUGCUGGCGCGCGAGUGCCGCGUCGACCACCAUGUGGCUCUCCUCGGCACCAUCGCGCACAACUUCGCCAAGUACUACGGCAAGUUUCCGCUCGACAACCCGUACUGCCCGGGGGAGGACCUCAACACAAUUGCAACCGUGCAGGCGCUCUGCCGCGCAUGGAAGCAGCUGCCGCUAGAGGAUGGGGGCAUCGACUGUGAGCUGCGGCUCGGCACGCCGCCGCCCGAGCAAAAACCGUGA